AAUGACAUAUUUUUGUGACACUCUCUACGCGCCUUGCUAACGCUGGCGCCAACAACAAUACAAUUCAACCACACAAAACCAAACAACCUCAGUCUCCUUUCCAUGGCCGUCUCCGCCCCAUUCUUCGCCUCUCCGCCCGCUGCCACUACCUCCCACCAAUCCCCUUCUCUUUCUUUCUAUCCUCCUUCCUUUCCCAGAAGAAUUUUUACUCCUCUUUCCUCCUCUUCUUCUCUACCUUCUUUCCGUGUCAAUUCCGCCGUUUCUCACUCUGUCUCCUCCACCACCGCCAUCAAAUCCGAUUCUCCCUCUAAAACCUUGCCGUUUCGGGUUGGACACGGCUUCGAUCUUCAUCGGUUAGAACCUGGGUACCCUUUGAUUAUUGGGGGGAUUAGUAUUCCUCAUGAUAGAGGCUGCGAAGCUCAUUCCGAUGGAGAUGUUCUACUACACUGUGUGGUUGAUGCAAUUUUGGGUGCUUUGGGGCUUCCUGAUAUUGGACAGAUCUUUCCAGAUUCAGAUCCCAAAUGGAAGGGUGCUCCAUCAUCCGUUUUCAUAAAAGAAGCUGUGAGACUGAUGCACGAGGCAGGUUAUGACAUAGGCAACCUGGAUGCCACAUUGAUACUUCAAAGACCAAAGCUUAGCCCUCACAAGGAAGCUAUCAGAGCAAACCUCUCUGAACUCCUGGGAGCCGACCCCUCUGUCGUGAAUCUGAAAGCGAAAACACACGAGAAGGUCGAUAGUCUUGGCGAAAAUAGAAGCAUUGCUGCUCAUACUGUGGUCCUGUUGAUGAGGAGAUAGAAGCCCUGUCCUCCCAUUAGUACUGCUGUGUAAGUGUAAUAACAACAGUGCUCUCCGUUUUAAUUGGAAUAUGCUUUAUUGUUAAAAUACUUUGAAUUUUCCCCCAUCCCCUCCACAGUUCCCUGCAAAGUGCAAACAAUUGUAAGUUGGGUUGUUACAUUAAACGUUUUAAUCAUUUAACAACGUUGAAAAGCAACAGUAUGGUGGGAGAAUAUUAGAAAUUGCCUACAA